CCGAUAACCUGAUAAUUUGAUAAACAGCCUUAGUCCUUUACUUUAAGGUUCGAUUCUUUGGUUUAUUAUUGAUUAUUGAAUGAGUUGUUUCUACCGGAAGCGGCCGGAGAUGUAGUUUCACUGAGGGACCUGCGAGAGGCAGCAUCACUGUGCUGCGGCUCCACAGCUGAAGAAGAAGAAACCCGGAAGCGGAAGGUCAGCGGCUUGUUCUUUUUCUUCACUGGUCGAAAACAGGAAGUGGCAUCUUGUUAAAUAAAAAAAUGUCCAACCUCUGGCAAAACGCCAUGGACCAUGCUGUCGCCAUCGCACGGAAAUCUGGAGAGGUGGUACGCGAGGCUCUGCGUGACGACAGGAAGGUGAUGACGAAGAGUUCAUCCAUCGACCUUGUGACGAAGACGGACCAGAAGGUCGAGCAUCUCAUCAUCCAAUCAGUGAGGGAGAAAUUCCCCUCACACAGGUUCAUAGGGGAGGAGUCAGUGGCGGCAGGUGAAACAUGUGACCUGACAGACAGUCCCACCUGGAUCAUCGACCCCAUCGAUGGGACGACCAACUUUGUUCAUGCUUUCCCUUUUGUUGCUGUUUCCAUCGGCUUCUACGUCAACAAGCAGAGUGAGUUUGCGGUUGUGUACAGUUGUCUGGAAGACAAGAUGUUCACUGCGAGGAGAGGGGGGGGAGCGUUCUGUAACGGAGAGCCGCUGCAGGUUUCUGAUCAGGAAGACGUUCGUCAGUCGAUCAUCGCCACCGAGUUCGGAUCCAACAGAGACGUCGAGGCUGUCGACAAAAUCUUCUCCAGUCUGAGGAACAUCCUGUGUCUCCCUGUGCAGGGGGUUCGCAGCGCAGGCACCGCAGCCAUCAACAUGUGUCUGGUGGCGUCUGGUUGUGCGGAGGCAUAUUACGAGAUCGGCGUCCACGUGUGGGACAUCGCUGCCGCCUCGCUGAUCGUCUCUGAGGCCGGAGGAGUCCUGAUGGACGUGGAUGGAGGAGCCGUGGACCUGAUGUCCAGAAGAAUCGUUGCUGCUAACAACAGAACCAUCGCUGAGAACCUCGUCAAGGAGAUCGAGUCCUUCAGUCCAACCAGAGACGACACUCCACCUCCACAAGUGUGAGGAGCUGCAGUGCAUUGAAUCAUUAUUGAUCGGCCAUGACGAAGUAGAGGGCAGCAGUCCAACACGUUCAUGAAGUGAAACCUGCUCCUGAUGGUUCACGUGGUGGACACGUCUCUGCUGCAGGUCGUUGUGGUCAUCGUCUCCUGAGUUGCUCUCCUCAUCUUGUCACCGUGUUUGUCCUCACGUUAAUAUUCACUUCAGCUUUUUUUGUCUUUUCUGGUUUCCAGUGGAAGGGUUUUCUGUUUGUGGAAUUUCUGAACUUAGAACUUUUGCUGUAAGUACCUUUGCUGUUAUUAAAGGUCACCUUUUGUUA